AUGUCCUCUCCGGCCUCAUCCUUCCACCUCGACACCAGCGAGCUCAAGGCCGAUCUGAACAUCGCCAGUCUCGGCCUCGAACCCCGCCGAUUGGGUGUUAGCUGGAAGGACCUGACCGUGACCGCCGACGCCACCAACGCCACUAUUCAUAACAACUUCUUCUCACAGUACAACAUCUUCCAAAAGCUGCGCGACUCCCGCCGCAAGCCGCCCGUCAAAACCAUACUCGACAACUCCCAUGGCUGUGUCAAGCCAGGUGAGAUGCUCUUGGUGUUAGGCCGCCCCGGCUCAGGCUGCACGACGCUUCUCAGCGUGCUGGCCAACCGCCGCCGGGGCUGCGCCAGCGUCACGGGCGACGUCUGGUACGGGUCUAUGUCGGCUGCUGAGGCUGAGCAAUACCGCGGGCAGAUUGUUAUGAACACGGAAGAGGAGCUGUUUUUCCCAUCUCUAACAGUUACCCAAACAAUUGACUUUGCCACGAGGCUGAAGGUGCCAGCCAACGAAGGGGUCUCGCAGGAGGAGCUGCGUCAGAAGAUGCAGGACUUUCUGCUAAAGUCCAUGGGAAUGAGCCACACGCGUAAUACAAAGCUCGGGAACGAGUUUAUUCGGGGUGUGUCUGGCGGCGAGAGGAAGCGCGUAUCUAUCAUCGAGUGCCUGUCCACGCGUGGGGCAGUCUUCUGUUGGGAUAACAGCACUCGCGGGUUGGAUGCGAGCACAGCCCUCGAAUGGGCCAAAGCUAUCCGCACCUUAACCGACACGCUCGGCCUGGCCACGAUCGCAACGCUCUACCAGGCCGGCAACGCCAUUUACCACCUCUUUGACAAAGUCCUUCUCCUCGAUGGCGGCAAGCAGAUCUUCUACGGCCCCAUCAAGGAUGCCCGCCCGUUCAUGGAAAGCCUAGGCUUCGCCUGCCAGGAGGGCGCCAACGUGGCCGACUUUUUGACGGGCGUGACUGUCCCGACUGAGCGCCGGAUCCGGCCAGGUUACGAGCUCACCUUUCCGAGGACUGCUGAAGAGGUCAAGGAGGCGUACGAGAAGUCGUCCAUCUAUGGGCGCAUGCGCAGAGAGUGCGAUUAUCCUUUUACCGAAGAGGCCAGAGAGAACACAGCGCGCUUCAAGCAGACUGUAGCCGCCGAGAAGCACACCCAGCUCCCUCGCGACAGCCCCCUGACCGUCAGCUUCACCGAACAAGUCAAGGCCUGCGUCAUGCGCCAAUACCAAAUCGUUUGGGGCGACAAGACAAGCUUUCUUGUCAAGCAGCUCUUCACCAUCAUGCAAGCGCUAGUCAUGGGCUCGCUGUUUUACAACGCGCCAGACAACUCAAGCGGACUGUUUGGCAAGAGCGGUGCGCUGUUCUUCUCCUUGCUGUACAACGCCUUGCUGUCCAUGACUGAGGUGUCGAAUUCGUUCAGUGGCCGAUCGAUCCUAAUCAAGCAUCGGUACUUUGCGCUGCACCAUCCGGCUGCGUUUUGUGUCGCCCAAAUUGCGGCCGAUAUUCCGCUGGUAUUCUUCCAGAUCUCGGUCUUUUCCGUGAUUAUGUACUUCCUGGUUGGUCUUGAGGCCAGCGCGGGCGUCUUCUUUACGUAUUGGCUCAUCCUGGCCGUAACGACGGUGUGCAUGACGGCGCUAUUUCGGGCCAUCGGCGCGUCCUUUUCGGCAUUCGAUGGUGCUGCGAAGAUGGCUGGUUUGACAAUUACUUCGGCCAUGAUGUACACGGGAUAUAUGGUCCAGAAGCCGCAGAUGCAUCCGUGGUUUGUGUGGAUUUACUGGAUUAAUCCGCUGGCGUAUGCGUUUGACGCGUUGCUGUCGAAUGAGUUCCAUGGGAAGAUAAUUCCGUGUGUUGGGAACAACUUGGUCCCCAACGGGCCCGGCUAUUCGGACGCAGCGCGUCAGUCGUGCGCUGGCGUCCCAGGAGCAGUUCAGGGGCAGACUUUUCUCACCGGCGACCAGUAUCUGGCUGCUUUGACCUACAGCCACACCCACAUCUGGCGCAAUGUUGGCAUCAUCGUCGCCUUCUGGGCUCUCUUCGUCAUCUGGACUGUCAUUUCGACCAGCAGAUGGCGCGCCCCGACCGAAGGAGGCUCGACUCUCCUUAUCCCCCGGGAAUGCUCCAAACCCCUCAAACAGGACGAAGAAGCCCCAGCUGAGAAGAGCCCAAUUACCCACUCACGUGCUCAACUCACCAGUCACAACCAACUCCUUCGCACAACCUCCCUCCUCACCUUCCAAUCCCUCUCUUACAUCCUUAAAUCCCCUCACGGUGAUGGCGACCUCACUCUCCUGUCCAACAUCCAAGGCUGGGUCAAGCCGGGCAUGCUCGGCGCCCUAAUGGGCGCGUCCGGUGCCGGCAAAACCACGCUUCUUGACGUCCUCGCGCAGCGCAAAACCGACGGCGUCGUCACCGGCUCUAUUCUGGUUGAUGGUCGGCCAUUGCCACUGGCGUUUGCGCGUUCGGCAGGGUACUGCGAACAGUUGGACGUGCAUGAGCCGUGGGUAACGGUUAGGGAGGCGCUGGAGUUCUCUGCGCUGACGAGGCAGGGUAGGAAUGUGUCGCGGAAGGAGAAGUUAGAGUAUGUGGAGAGAGUGAUUGAGCUUCUUGAACUUCAGGAUCUGGCAGACACUCUGAUCGGGACGCCAGGAAACGGGUUGAGUGUCGAGCAGAGGAAGAGAGUCACAAUCGGGGUCGAGCUGGUCGCAAAGCCAAGUAUCGUGCUGUUUUUGGACGAGCCAACAUCCGGCUUGGACGGGCAGGCAGCGUAUAACACGGUGCGGUUUCUUCGGAAACUGGCGGAUGCGGGACAGGCGGUGCUGGUGACGAUUCAUCAGCCUUCAGCGCAAGUUUUUGGGCUGUUUGAUGCGCUUUUGUUGUUGGCGCCAGGGGGGAGGACAGCGUUCUUUGGGGAGAUGGGACCGAAUGGGUCCCGGGUGAGGGACUACUUCGCCCGAUACGGCGCCCCGUGUCCUGAGGAUGCUAAUCUGGCAGAGCAUAUCAUUGACGUUGUGUCUGGCCGCCCGCCUUCCCAAGGCAAGGACUGGGCUGAGACCUGGCUCUCCUCCCCCGAGCACGCAGCCGUCACACGCGAACUUGACACUCUCAUCGCCACCGCAGCCGCCAAGCCACCCCAACCCCUCCCCGACGAUUCCCAUGAGUAUGCCCUCCCCCUCUGGGAGCAAAUCAAGCUCGUCACGUCCCGUACUUCACUUUCGUUGUACCGUAACACCCCCCACCUGAACAACAAACUCAUGAUGCACCUCGUUUGCGCGCUCUUCAAUGGGUUCACUUUCUUCCAGAUCGGCGACUCCCUUUCUGACCUCCAGCUCCGCGUCUUUUCGGUGUUUAAUUUCGUAUUUGUGGCUCCCGGUGUGAUCAACCAGAUGCAGCCUCUUUUCUUGCAACGCCGUGCGCUAUUCGAGGGGAGGGAGCAUAAGUCAAGGAUGUACUCUACGAUAGCGUUUGUGACAGCCGUGAUAGUGGCUGAAAUCCCGUACCUCAUUCUCUGUGGCGUGGUGUACUUCACGGCAUGGUACUUUACCGCUGGCUUCCCCAUCUCCCCUUCUCGAUCUCUCGCGACCCUGCUCACAAUGCUUCUGUUUGAACUAGUUUACACUGGGAUAGGACAGUUUGAGGCAGCUGCUGCGCCGAACGAACUCUUUGCUGCUCUAACAAACCCUGUCGUAUUGGGUUUACUCAUUUCAUUUUGUGGAGUGCUAGUUCCCUAUGCGCAGAUGGCUUCUUUUUGGAAACAUUGGAUGUACUGGAUUAACCCGUUUACGUAUCUCGUUGGUGCGAUGAUGGUGUUUGGGCUGUGGAAGCAGGAGGUUAUGUGUAAACCCGAAGAGCUGGCGGUUUUGAAGGCACCUGGGAAUUUGACGUGUGGGGAGUAUUUGGCAGGCUAUCUCAAGGGCAUGGGAACUGGCGCCAGACUGUUGGAUCCAGACGCUGUUGGGGAGUGUCGGGUAACCUUUGAUAGAGCGGAUGCUGUAUCCGUCGCCAAGAACACAAGAGGUCAAGACAAGCUCGCCAAGGCCCAACGGCGUCAGGCCAAGCCGACGAACGCUGGCGGUCUUACGCUAGCUCGAUCUUCAGACGUGGGGGGCCCCCUGUUCAUAGUCUCAGUUCUGCCAUUUGAGGCUCAAUGA